ACUUCUCUGAAGCAGAUCAAUGCCGUACUUUGGAGUUCAGGCCUGAAAAAGCAUCUAUCGACAAACGCCUCAUAAACCACGUGAUUCGCAUCGCUGAGGUGAUGGUAAAGGAGUUUUGUAAAAAUAUGUGUUACAUGGAACCUGACUGCGUCAGCAUUAAUCUUGAUAACCGUGUGGGAAGAAACCAGCAGUACAAAUGUGAAUUGAAUAAUGUUACUCACGAAGGACACGAACACGAGCUGAAGAAGGAAGACAAUUAUUUUUAUCAUGCAGCUGAGAGCGCAUGUGUUCGAAAUCUCUGCAAGAAUAACGCCACUUGUCAAAGUGGUUUUACUGACAAAGGAUAUAGCUGUUUGUGUACUGCUGGAUUCAAAGGUCAAAACUGUGACGAAGAUUUUGAUGAGUGUGCAGAAGGAUCACACAGCUGCAGUGCUGACGCUGUAUGUAGCAAUACCAAGGGAUCUUACAAAUGCACAUGUAAACCACGAUACCAUGGAGAUGGAUUGACUUGUAAAGAUUCUGAUGUGUGUGCUGAGGGUUUACACAACUGCAGUUUUGAUGCUGUGUGUAACACUAUCAAGGGUUCUUACAAAUGUACAUGUAAACCAGGAUACCAUGGAGAUGGAUUGACGUGCGAAGAUGUUGAUGAGUGUGCUGAGGAAUUACACAGCUGCAGUGCCGACGCUGUGUGUAACAAUACCAAGGGAUCUUACAAAUGCGCAUGUAAACCUGGAUACCAGGAAAAUGGAUUGACUUGCGAAGGUCCGUUUCAUUCGUGUGCAGAAAUUUACAAAAGGCAAAGGUCACAGGAGAAUAAUGCUUAUCAACUUCUGGUGGAUCAUAGGAAGGUCAACGUUUACUGUCACAUGACUGAUGACCUUAAAGGCUGCGGGGGCGGUGGAUGGACGAUGGUAAUGAAAAUGGACGGCAGAAAGUCAACCUUCCACUUUGAUUCGCAACUCUGGAGCAACAUGAAUGACUUCAAUCCUCAAGGAGGGGAGACUGGGCUUGACUCACAAGAGACCAAGCUACCGACCUAUUGGAACACAUCUUUCUCCAAGAUCUGCUUAGGGAUGAAGAUCGGAAAUCUGUCCAGGUUCAUUCUCAUCAAAAAGCAAGCCAGCUCUUUACACUCACUGAUCGCUGACGGGCAAUAUCGUGACACGUCACUGGGUCGUAAUACCUGGAAGUUGCUGAUUGGCUCCGAGGCAUCCCUACAGUUCAAUUGUAACAAGGAAGGGUUCAAUCCUGCCUCGCUUAAAAGAGAAAAUUCCAAAGUUAGAAUCGGUAUCAUUGCCAACGGCGAAGACAAUUGCAGAAGUUGUGAUUCCUGGAUUGGCUUUGGCACAGGUGGGGUUUAUAACGACUCCAACACAUGUGGGAACGAAGCAAGUAUCAAUCCAGACAAUGGAAACAAACAAAUCAAAGCCAUGGGGUACAUCUUGGUUCAGUGACAAGGAAAUCAAUCCAACCUCCAAGAAAUGGAGAAAAAAGCCAUAUUAAACCGAAAAGGACUUGUAAAUAUAUAGUUGUAGCAAUAGGGUUUUGAAAAGGAAGUAAGAUACCGAGUCUUAAAUGAUCUUGUUCCAUUUUUAUUUCGAUUUCACAAAA